AUGGUGCUUGGAGAUGAAACUGAUGUAUUUCAAUUAAGACAUGUAAUGUCUGAAUCAAAGAAGACGGUGCAUUUGUAUUUAACGGUGGUAGGUGAAGAAGCCGAAGGACAAGUAGUGGUUAACAACCAGUUUAAUCCAACAAAAACUAAUAGAGGUCGUAGAGAAAGCCAAUGUGAUGGAAACCGUUCAAGGGGAAAAGGAAAUGAAGUGCCAGUAAUGACAAAAAAACCAAAAGUGGGCAUGACUGAAUUACAACGUCAAAAUUUGUUCGAGUUUGGAGAAGUUCCUGAAAUUCAUGAUCGAAGAUGUGAGGAAACAUCAAAUGAAGGGUGGUCGGAUGAUGAGUACACGCAACGAAAAACUGCUUUUAAUCCAUGGUAUUGUAUUCCUUCUAUUCCUGAUUGUCCAGAACCUAUUCUUGAACCUGGACCAUUUCACAGUUUAGGUCCGAAUGAUAAAUUAAUUAUACGUGCUUUCAGAAAGUGUUGUAGAAAAGUUAUUAUUAUGGAUGGAGCUCAUUUGAAGGGAAAGUACAAAGGCACCAUCUUGCAUGCAGUAGCCAUGGAUGGCAACAAUCAGAUCUUGCAUAUUGGUUAUGGAAUUUGCCCAAAAGAGACUACGGAUUCUUGGACAUGGUUUCUUGAAAAACUACAUGAAUGUAUUGGUGAUGUGGAAGGUCUGAUAAUGGUCACAGGUACGGCACCCGCAAUUGCUAUAAGUAUUCAAAAUCUGGUAAGAGCUUACAAAACCAUUGAGUUUGAAUUCUAUUGGCAGAGACUUCGUAAUAUAAGAGAUGAUGUAGCGACAUAUCUCAGUCAAAUUCCACGUGAGAAAUGGACCAGAGCGUAUUGCCCUACCACAAAGUAUGAUUAUAUGACCUCAAAUAGUGCGGAGUCCAUGAAUGUUGUAUCAAAUAAAGCAAGGAAGUUGCAUAUAUUACCACUUCUUGAGUUCUUUCGCACACUUAUGCAGAAAUGGUUUUACAAACGGUGGAUGGUUGCAGAAAAAAGUACAACAGUACUUACGAAGUGGACUAAAGAUAUGGUUAAAAAAAUAAAUAUGGGUUUCAAGGAUGGUCAGUAUCCGGUGUUGACAAUACAACGUAUCAAGUGCAUGACUUCAAAAGUGGCGGCAUAG